AUGAGCGAGGGCGCCGGACCCGCAGCCGCAGCCGGGCGGUGGCGCAAGUGCGGGCCUCGGUGCGGGAGCCAGGGCGCCAUGACGGCCUUCCGCGGGGUGUGGACCCAGGCCUUCUGGAAGGCGGUCACGGCCGAGUUCCUGGCCAUGCUCAUCUUCGUGCUGCUCAGCCUGGGCUCCACCAUCAACUGGGGUGGCGCCGAGCAGCCGCUGCCCGUGGACAUGGUGCUCAUCUCGCUCUGCUUCGGCCUCAGCAUCGCCACCAUGGUGCAGUGCUUCGGCCACAUCAGCGGCGGCCACAUCAACCCCGCCGUGACCGUGGCCAUGGUGUGCACCCGCAAGAUGAGCCUGGCCAAGUCCGUCUUCUACAUCGCGGCCCAGUGCCUGGGCGCCAUCCUGGGGGCCGGCAUCCUCUACCUCGUCACCCCGCCCGGCGUGGUGGGCGGCCUGGGCGUCACCACGGUCCAUGGGAAUCUCACUGCGGGCCACGGUCUCCUGGUGGAGCUGAUCAUCACAUUCCAGUUGGUGUUUACUAUUUUUGCCAGCUGUGACUCCAAACGGACUGAUGUCACUGGCUCCAUCGCUUUAGCAAUUGGAUUCUCUGUUGCAAUUGGACAUUUAUUUGCAAUCAAUUACACCGGUGCCAGCAUGAACCCUGCCCGAUCAUUCGGACCCGCAGUCAUCAUGGGAAAUUGGGAAAACCACUGGAUCUACUGGGUUGGACCAAUCAUCGGAGCGGUCCUAGCUGGCGGCCUGUACGAGUACGUCUUCUGCCCAGACGUGGAACUCAAGCGUCGCCUCAAAGAAGCCUUCAGCAAAGCAGCCCAGCAGACCAAGGGGAGCUACAUGGAGGUGGAGGACAACCGCAGCCAGGUGGAGGCCGAGGACUUGAUCCUCAAGCCCGGCGUGGUGCACGUGAUCGACAUGGACCGGGGCGAGGAGAAGAAGGGCAAGGACCCGUCGGGGGAAGUGCUGUCCUCCGUAUGA